AUGGAGUUGCAUAGCUCCUUCACCCGCUCCCUUCAAGAAAGCCCCCAACUUCCCAACAACGAACUGCCAAUCUUUGGUUCCAGUCCCAAAUUUCUAAAACCACCUCCCGCCCGCCACUCGUUCGACAAAAUUCCCCUGCUAAUUGACACCUUCUCCUGGAACGCCUUGCUUCACUCCCAUAUCACUGCCGGCGAUCCCCACGCCGCCAUCCUCUCCUACCGUGACAUGCUCCUUGCCGGCGUUCUUCCCGACCGCCAUUCGCUCCCCCGUGCGCUCACCGCCUCCCGCCUCGCCUCCGCCUUCUUUACUGGUCGGCAGCUCCAUUCCCACGCCUUAAAGCUCCGACUUUUGGGCGACUCCUACGUUCUCUCGGCCCUCAUGGAGCUCUACUCACAGUUCGGCGGAGCGAACUCCGCAUCCUCUCUUCUCUUCCAUUCUAAUCCCCAAACCCCCAUCGCCUAUACGCUUCUCGCCAGAUUAUACCUCAUGGAAAACAAUCCUGAUUCGGCCCUCCAUGUUUUCUACCAAUUAGUCGCUUCUGGUAUAAAGAUCGACGCCAUUGCUGUGGCCACCGCCACGAAAGCUUGCGGACAGUUGAAGUCAGCGCGAGACGGGAAGAAGAUUUAUGAGUUCGCAAAAGAGAGGAAAUUGGAUUGCGAUCUCUUGGUGACCAAUUCGCUUCUAAAGAUGUACGUUGAUUGCGGAAGAAUGGAAGAAAGACUGGCUCUGUUCGACUCAAUGCCGCACAAGGAUGCGGUUUCAUGGACCACAAUUAUUACCAGCUAUGCGCAGAACGGUAGCUUCAAUGAAGCACUGAAGCUUUUCCGAGCAAUGAUGGCGGAUGGAAUCAAACCUGACGAGUUCUCGGUGUCAGCCGUGCUCCCUGCUUGCGCGAGGGUGGCGGCUCGCAAGCACGGAAUGGAGAUUCAUGGCUUCAUUAUCAGGCAACACAUUGAGAUGAACACUGCAGUUCAAAAUGCUCUUAGUGAUAUGUAUGCAAAAUCCGGAACCAUUGAGUAUGCCUCAAAGAUAUUUGAUGGAAUGUCUGAAAGGGAUUCAGUCUCGUUGACUGUGAUGAUUCUAGGCUACAGCUUGCAUGGCCAUGGAGAUGUUGGAGUUGCGUUGUUUAAUGAGAUUGAGAAAGAUGGAGGAACUGAACCAGAUGGAGCUACUUAUGCAGCAGCUCUCCAUUGCUGUGGCACUAACUGUAUAUUGGAUCAAGGAGAGAACUUUUUCAAAAUGGCUUUUUUAAAACAUUCAGAGCUUCAGCAUUGUAUACUGAUGGCUAGGAUUCUCGCCAGAACUGGGAGAUUUUCUGAAGCUCAAACAUUCUUAAAGGAUCACCGCAUCGAGCAUGAUCCUGAUGCAUUACGAGCGAUUUUAGAUGGUUGCAGGAUUCAUUUGAACACGAAAAUUGGACGACGAAUAGCUGAGCAGCUCAUAGAGCUCAAUCCUCUCAACGCUCAGAAUUAUGUGCUACUGUCAAACCUUCAUGCAGCAAAUGGGAAUCGCAGAAAGGUGAUGGAGCUGAGGGAGAUGAUGGUGGACAUGGGUUUGAAACCAAAGAAAGCUUGUAGCUGGAUUGAAUUCAGAAGCAAGAUUCAUGCUUUCAGCACUGGAGACGUCUCACAUCCAAGAUCGGAGAGGAUCUACUGGGAGCUCAAGGGAUUGGUGGAAAGAAUGAGAGAAAAAGGUUAUGUUUUUUUGGAAGAUUUCAGCUUUCAUGAUGUGGAUGAAGAGAGGGAAUGUAUUCAUUAUGGGCACAGUGAGAUGCUUGCCAUUGCUUUCGGGUUGAUAAGCACUGAAGCCGGCACUGUUAUAAGGGUGACUAAGAACAUGAGAGUUUGCAGGAAUUGCCAUGAAUCAGCUAAGAUGAUCAGUAUAAUUUGUGGCAGGGAGAUCAUGUUGAGGGAUCCGGAUAGAUUCCAUCGUUUUGUAGAUGGUUCUUGUUCAUGCCAAGACAUUUGGUGA